AUGGGUUUACAACUAUCAUAUCUUCUCUCCUUGUUGCUUCUUAUUCUGUUGUUGCCAUAUUCCACCACUGCCCAAACUUCCAGCAACCAAUCUCUGGGCUCAUCCCUUACUGCACAGGAAAAAGACUCUUACUGGGCAUCGCCUUCUGGUGACUUUGCUUUUGGUUUCUCACAAUUUGGAAAGGGAGGAUAUCUACUAGCCAUCUGGUUCAACAAAUUACCUGAAAAAACCAUUGUCUGGUCAGCUAAUGGAGACAAUCUUGUGCCAGGAGGAUCAAAAGUAGAGCUUACCAAAGAUGGCAAAUUUGUACUCAAUGACCCAGCAGGCCUUGAGAUAUGGAAAGUUAACUUUGUCAGUUCAGGAGUUGCUUAUGCAGACAUGCUUGACACCAGAAACUUUGUGCUGACAAUGAGUCAGGGCAGCAAGCUUGUUGCUCGUUACUCAGAAAUGAAUUACUCUAAUGGAAGGUUCCAGUUCCAACUAAGAUUGAAUGGAAGUCUUGUGCUUCAAACUAGAGCUUACCCCACGGAUUAUUCUUAUGCUGAUUAUUGGCCAGAAGAACCUAUAGGCAGCGGCUUUAAGGACUUCUAUCAAAGAGCAAUCAUGGAAUAUGAUGGUGUUUUAAGGCAUUAUGUCUACCCAAAAAGCAGCUUAAUGUCUAGGAGUUGCUACUGCAUGCUUGACGGUUAUAGACCAAAAUGCCAAUGCCCAGAUGGAUACACCUUCAUUGAUCCUGAGGAUGCUAUGAAAGGUUGCAAACAGAACUUUCUUUCACAAAGUUGUGAUGAAGCCUUGCCAGAAUCAGAUCUUUUUUAUUUGAAAUCAAUGCCAAAUACAGAUUGGCCCGGCUUGUCUGAUUAUGAAUUCUUUCUAGGCCAAGAUGAGGAUUAG